AUGUAUGCCACUGGUAUUGUGCGUUCUCCCAAGCACCUCGUCGACAGAAUGAACCUCGAGAAGCAUAAUCAUUACAUUGUCUGCUUUGCCACAAUCCCAUGCGACAGUCCCGAACACCCAUCCAACAGAACGACGGCUACCGAAGGGGAACUGUGUCGAUAUCACUUGUGGGUGUUUGACUCUCCGCCGGUCGUUCUUCCUGCCCUCGAGGAGAAUCUUGUCGUUCCGAAUGGUUCUACCAACUUCAAAAUCAGACUGAGUGGCUUCGGUAAAGGGGUUUCCACAGAACUGUUACAGAGGAUGGCAGAUAUACUACGGGCUCGCAUACAGGCUUCUUACUAG